AUGUCUGCGUUGCAAAGUAUUAAUGAAGUUCAGGACUCACCGUUGAACGGUUCACCAUCUGAGGUGGUAUACGGUGGCACCGUUUCGCCAACUGGUGACGAACAUCGUAAUAUGUCCGAAAAAGUACAAAAUAUGGCUUCCGCCAUAUAUCGAGAAUUUGAAGUGAUGAUCCAGAGAUAUGGCGAAGAUGGUGUUAAAACGCUGAUGCCGUUGGUUGUUAACGUCCUGGAAGCGCUUGAUCUGGCAUUCCUGGAACGCGAGGAGCAAGCGGUGGAUCAGGAAAUGCUUAAAGAAGACAAUGAACAGCUUGUCACUCAAUACGAGAGGGAAAAACAACUGAGAAAACAGGCUGAACAGAAAUACAUGGAAAUUGAAGACAACCUCAUUGGGCAAAAUAAAGAGCUGGAGGCAAAAAUUGAAUCACUUGAAUCCAUAAUGAGAAUGCUUGAACUAAAGGCAAAGAAUGCAUCAGAUCAUGCCGCACGACUCGAAGAACGCGAAGCUGACCAAAAGGCUGAAUUUGAUCGUCUGCAUGAAAGGUAUAACGCUUUAUUACGUACUCACGUAGACCAUAUGGAGCGCACUAAAUAUCUCAUGGGCAACGACAAAUUUGAACUAAUGCAAAAUAUGCCACUUCCACAGGCACAGUUGCGAACUAGGAUGGGCAUGGCCGCCUCCGUGGAUGCGUCUUCAAUUCGUGGUGUCUCUGACUUGAUAAGCGCUCACAUGUCCCAAAGCACUACCAUGGAUGUGAACCUUGCUAAUCACAUCAGUAACGAAGCUGACUGGCAAGACGAGUUUUCAUCAGAUGUGGAACCAUCACCACGGGAUGUGGCUUCCGAAGAAGAGAAAGCAACCCCAAGUGCUGGGACGGAGAGUGCAUCCAAUACCAAGUAUGAAAAAGGCAAAGAAGAAGAAGAGUCGGAAGACCAACAGGAUGGUGAAGAUAGUCUCGGUGCAGAUCUCACUGGGAAUCUCGUUGAUCCGGCGGAGUUUGCGUCAGCGGAAUCGGAAGACGAAAGCAAAGCGAGACCAACAAGGAAGCGACAACGGAGCUCUUUCUCAGGAGAAUCGGAGAGCGGAAUGGGCCGGGAAGUGGAAAACCUCAUUAAGGAAAAUAUGGAACUACUCGAUAUGAAAAAUGCUCUGAAUAUUGUCAAAAAUGAUCUCAUUGCUCGGGUUGAUGAAUUGAGCAGUGAAAAUGCGAUCUUGCGUGAUGAGGUACACAGUUUUGAAAUGGUACGGGUAAAAAUGGGUGACACUAUUUCAAAGCUCGAAGAGGAGCUGAAGGCGGUAAAACAAAAACUCGCUGAAAAAGAAGCUGAAGCGGAGGAGGAAGAAGUUCCACUAGCACAACGAAAGAGGUUCACACGAAUGGAGAUGCAGCGGGUUCUUAUCGAUAGAAAUAUGUACAAGGAAAAACUUAUGGAGCUGGAAGAAUCUCUAAAAUGGACUGAGAUGCAGAGGGCACGAAAACUACAGGCACAAUCUGCUGCACCGAAGAAAGGCGGAAUAUGGGAUUUCUUCUCUGGUCUGUUUGGUGACUCAUCUCCUCCAAUGCAGCAACGUCGAACUGGCCUAAGGGCAGACGCUCGCAAGAACCAGAUGACACGUAGUGUGGAGUAUCUCGAUCCUGAAAUGAUCUCUGAGAGACGAGCUGCUGAACGAAGAGAACAGUACAAACUUGUACGUGAACAUGUGAAACGAGACGACAGUGGACGUAUUGAGGCGUAUGGAUGGUCCUUGCCAGCUACACUCGACAAAUCAAACUCUGCAUCUAUGGUACCAGUUCCGGUUUGUUGCCGACCACUUAUGGAGAAUCAACCAUCUAUCAAGGUGUGGUGUGCUAGUGCUGUGACGUUACGCGGAGGAUUAGAUAAAGAUGGAAAGUACAUCACUGGAGAUCCUAUCUAUUUCUCUCCCAGUGCUGCAAAAGUUCCGAUGGGGAAAGAAGGCAGUGACAAACUCGAAAAUGAAAUCUCGCGAGCACGUGCUCUGGAUGCGCGUGAGUGCGAAUUAGCCGAGUGGGAAGCGUCAUCUCUUGUGUGGGUCGGAAGCUCAAAUCAGGGGAAAAGUCACGUGGCUGUGCUUGACGCCAACAAUCCAAACAACGUUAUCGAGACGUUCCUUGCGUGCGAAAGUCAUCUGCUCUGUAUAAGAGGUGUUCCAGGUGUCUGUGAAGGGGAUCCGAUCAUUGAUGACACUGUCGCUAAGGCAUUCCUUUGUGGGGGAGGAAAAAUUAAAGAGCUUCCAGACGGUAUCGAAGGAAGUGAUUUGGGUGCUUGUGAAUGGGUAGAGUUGCGAAAGAUGGAGGAUUCUGAGGAUGGCGUGCCAACAUACUGUAGCAAUGACAUGCGUCCAAGCCCGAAAAGGACUCGAGAUUUUAGUGUUAGCGAUGCUGAAGCUGCCAAGGAAUCUUCUGAAGCGGAAACAGAAACUGAGCACCGACCGAAUAGUCGCAUAGGAAGAGCUGCACUCCCACCACACAUUCGAGAUGCAAUGAGCAAAUACGAUGAAACCGCAGGCGACACCUCUACAGGGUGGCCAACAGUAUGGUUGGGAAGUCAGAGUCAAUACAUUUAUAUACAUUCGGCUAUUACACAGUGGAGAAAAUGUUUAAGGAGAAUAAAAAUGACAGAUGCCGUGCUGUCUAUUAUACACCACAAAGGAAAAGUUUUCGCCGCUCUUGCGAAUGGAACUGUCGCUGUGUUCCACAGAGGAAAAGGUGGUGAAUGGGCAGACUUCGGAUACCAUUCAAUUCGAAUUGGUCCUGCAACAUCAUCAGUGCGCUGUUUAUGUGUUGUAGCAAACAAUGUAUGGGCAGCGUAUAAGAACUGUAUCGUCGUUGUGGACGGAGAAAGUCUGCAAAUUGUGAAGGUAUUUGCUGCGCAUCCGCGACGUGACAGCCAAGUACGGGCAGUACAAUGGAUUGGCGCCGGCGUUUGGUUAUCUAUACGCCUUGAUUCCACCCUUCGCCUUUACCAUGCACACACUUUUGAACAUCUCCAAGAUGUGGACAUUGAGCCGUAUGUCACCAAAAUGUUGGGAACAUCACGUCUCGACUUUUCAUACAUGCGCACGACUGCGUUGAUGGUGUCGAAUCGUCGCAUAUGGAUUGGAACUGGGACAGGAGUUGUUAUUUCUGUACCAUUAAGUGACAGUAUUGAACAGAAGGUGGAAACAACAGAUGCGAAACAGACAUCAAAUGGUCCGGGCGGACUAGUUCGAGUCUACAAAGAGAAACAACAGGAUGCAUCGAACUCUGGGUCCUCGGGAGGAGCAUUUAUCCCAUAUUGCAAUCUCACCCAAGCCCAACUCUCAUUCCAUGGUCACAAGGAUAGCGUAAAGUUCUUCAUCGCUGUACCAGGUGCUCCUCGCGAGGUCGAAGAAGAACAAGAAGCAGAGCUGAGAAAGAUGCUUGUACUCUCAGGCGGAGACGGUUACAUCGAUUUCCGGAUAGGUGAAGAAAACGAACCACCCGUGACAACAAAAGGCGUGCGAGCACGAGACAUGUCUCAUCUUAUCAUUUGGGAAGUCGAUGCUGAACUGCCCGUUAUUUCUAAAUAA